UUUCGAUUGCAGCUCCGAUAACGAGUAUGCUCUGUCAGAAGUACAGCUGUCGAACGGUGGUUUUUGUGGGAGGACUUUUCUGCGCUCUAGGACUUACAACUAGUUACUUUGCCACGCGAUUGAUACACCUCUUUUUUACAUUCGGAGUGCUGACAGGUAUCGGCGGCGGCUUGUCUACGACGCCGGGUAUAAUCCUGGUGUCGCAGUACUUCGAUAAGCAUCGUGCAUUGGCAAACGGGAUCUGCGUUUCCGGCACUGCCGCGGGUAGCUUCAUGUUCCCGCUUCUGAUUGAGCUUCUGGUCAAGGAUUUCGGUUUCCAUGGCACGAUAUUGCUGCUGGGCGGUUGCAUGUUGCAUGUAUGUGUCAGCGCAACGCUGUACCGGCCACUGGACGAAAAUUAUGCACCUGAAGAACACAUUUUGGCAGAGAAGAUGGAGAAAGAAGUGAAAGAACAGGUAAUUCUCAAUAAAUCCAAAGUAUUCUCAAUUAAUAUGUAUUAUACAUAUUUACCAUUGAUAUCAACAUUUAAUAUCUAUAUAAUUAUUAGAUAUGUCACAGGCUAUUAUAUCUCUUCUUUAAUAUUAUACAUAUUUUAUUAAAAGAUCUACGUAUUCUCGUGCUAGUCCUUUUUAAAUAUUUCCCCGUUUUCCUACUAUGUC